CCCUGUCGCCGUUAACUUCCUCCUUUUUUAUCCCUCGCCUCGCGUCCUCUCUCCUUCAAGUUUCCGACAGACCAGGAGCUAUUGGUUUAGCGGAUGUAGCGCCCCGUUAUCGCCGCUCUCUUCGUUACACUGCUAUUCGCUGCCGCAAUUGAGGUCUUUAGCGGCGGAGGAACGCGCUGGUAUCCCGAAACAGCUGUGGCGAUAUUUCUAUCCAUCGCUGUUUGAAACGCUAGUAGGCAGAGAAGUCGCUGCCCGGAGAAAACCAUCGAAAUGGGAAAAAGAAAGGAAAAAAGAAAAUAUUCUGAAACACCAUAUACAUCAGACCAACUCGUCCCCGUCCCCAUCGCCUCCCCCACUCCUCUUGCUAAUUUAUCCCUCAAUUCUGUAUUGCUGUAUGAUUGGUGGUUGUGCACGGCGAAGCACCGAGGUUUAGCUGUCGGAGGGUUUGAAUGCAGAGGGAGACAAGGACAAAGAGUGUUGUACUCGGCAGCCAUCGCCAAAAGACAUGAUGCCACCACUCUUGAAACUGCCGAUGGCGUCAUGGUUGCUAUCAGCGGCUUCAUCAAUACCUCUCGUACACUUGAAAAUGGCUUUUCACCUAAGGUUUGCAGCCAUUUCCUUUUUGGGUUUCCAUAUGAUUGGGAGGAAUAUGCAUCACCUUCAGAAGGUUGUUCAUCUAAUGAAGAAUCUGUUUGUCAUGGCAGCAGUGCAAUUUCUUCCCUGCCACUUUCUUUAGACAAGCUCCCUGUCCCUGCUGCUAGGAUGCGCGAUCUUCUGAUGUUUUCUGCUGGAGACUCUCAAAAGUUGGUUUUCGAUCACGUCCUGCAGAAAUUGAGCUCCCAUGAUUCUCAAAACGCAGUUAUUACUGUCGAUUCAAACACGGGAAAUAAGCAUCCGGAAUUAGGUCCUUAUUUUGCUGCUGAUGGUGAAAAUUCGAAUUGCCAAAAGAAGGAUAAGGUUAUCGAGAAUGAUAAUAACAUGUCGUGUUCAAGGAGUAAAACAAAAGUGGAAUCCAAGGAGGAUCAGUCAAGGAUUGAUGUAGGCAGCAUUAGUCAAACUAUAGGUGUCAAAACCAGAAGCAUGAUACGGUUGAAGCAGAAGAGAGCUUGCCUUCGUUCAUCAGACUCCCAAGAGAAAAGCAUUGCAGGGAAAAUAAACAUGAAUUAGUAAUGUGUGUAUCAUAUUCACUCACAGCAUAAAAUCAUUGUGUUGAUGUGUACUGUUUUUCUAAUUAAAUUCCUUUUAAAGCAGUUGAUAAGUUUCAAAUCUUUAUCAUCUUCUGCAAAACA